UGGCUGCAGGCUGCACAGGGACAUCAGUGGUGGAUCCUCACCUGCAGACCUCACUCACUCACUCACUCACCAAGGACCUUAAGAGCCUGUCUUUAAAAACAGAUCAUAGCCAAAACGCGUCCGUGCGCACUGGAUGCACGUGAACGUCUGGACUUUGUUUUUUCACACAUAUAAAAGUUGAGUCUGUGUUUUUUUUUUAUUUUAUUUUGUUUUUUGGUCAGAAGAGAUGGAGCUGUCGGAUAUCCCGUUCCCCAUCCCCUCCGCGGACGACUUCUACGACGACCCGUGCUUCAACACCAACGACAUGCACUUCUUCGAGGACCUUGACCCGCGGCUCGUGCACGUGAGCCUGCUCAAGCCAGACGAGCACGGACACGCGGAGGACGAGCACGUGCGCGCGCCGAGCGGCCACCACCAGGCGGGCAGGUGCCUCCUGUGGGCGUGCAAGGCAUGCAAGAGGAAGACGACGAACGCGGACCGGCGGAAGGCCGCCACCAUGCGGGAGAGGAGGCGCCUGAGCAAAGUGAACGACGCCUUCGAGACACUGAAGCGCUGCACGUCGGCCAACCCCAACCAGAGGCUGCCCAAGGUGGAGAUCCUGAGGAACGCCAUCAGCUACAUCGAGUCCCUGCAGGCUCUGCUGCGCAGCCAGGAGGACUCCUACUACCCCGUCCUGGAUCAGUACAGCGGGGACUCGGACGCGUCCAGCCCCAGAUCCAACUGCUCCGAUGGCAUGAUGGAUUUCAAUGGUCCUACAUGCCCGUCUGGAAGAAGAAACAGUUAUGACAGCUCCUACUUCAGCGAGAGUCAGAAUGGUGACCUGCGGAGCAACAAGUCCACAGUGGUGUCCAGUCUGGACUGUCUGUCCAGUAUCGUAGAGCGGAUUUCCACAGAGACGCCCGCGUGUCCUCCGAUCGCAGCGCACGAGCCCUCGGACAGCAGCCCGCGCUCUCCGCACGACGGAUCCGCUCUGAGCGAAGCGGGGCCGCGCGCUCCUUCCCCACGGAACGCCGUGCGCGCUCCCGACCCCGUCUACCAGGUCCUGUAGAUCACAGACACGCGGGACGAGCCUUCAGGACUCUGCUGUUCCUCCGCGAGAGGACAGAAACGGGAGAUCAGAAAACUGCAUUUAUCCUCACCUUCGGUCUUCAUUUCGUUCUUUUUUCUUACGUUUCUUUAUUUUUUCAUUCAUUCUUUCUUUUCUAACGUUUCAUUUCUUUCUUUCUUUCUUUCUUUCUUGUUUUUUGUUCCCUUUUUAUUCUUUCUUUUUUAUUUUUCUGUAGAAAGUGUCUAAUUCCAUGAUGACGAUGAUGAUGAUGAUGAUGGCUCUGCAGAAGUCAGUUUCUUAAGGAUUCUUAUUUAUGUAACUGUGUCAGCGCUGCAAUUAUGUGACCAUAUCUUUCCCUUUUUUCUCUUUUCUGUCACCUUUUAUUAUUUCCUAAUUAUUCACGAGAGAAUAACCACUUCAGAUAUGAAAAGUAGAGGACCAUUUUUGUAUAUGUGUACAUAAGAGUUGUUUUGUUAAAAAAGAAAAAAAGAAACAGAACACGGAGAAGUGAUCAAACCUAACUGUGUAUUUAAUGCUGCCUGUGUGAGGAGUUUGUUGUGUCCAGCGUUCAACUUUAUAUUUAUACAUCUUCAGCGAGUGAAUGUGGGAUUAAUAAAGAUAAGACUUAUUUAUACA